GUCUUCUUCCAAAUUGGAGGGCGAGAUCGUGUUUUCCCCAAAUAAUAAGGUCGAGAUGGAUCGCAACGGCAUCGGCGGCUCCUCCGAGGCGAUGAGUGGCGACAGCAAGGAGGGGUACGCCACCGGCGGGGGCGAGGGCGCCUCGUCCGGGUCGUCCUCCGGGGCGUCGUCGCCGCCGCGCGCGGGGCCGGUAGGGGGAAAGCAGCGCGACAAGGCGCGGGUGAGCCAGACGUCGCUGAUCCUCUGGCACACGCACCAGAACGACGUAGCCGCCGUCCGGAAGCUCCUCCAGGAGGACCGCGGCCUCGUUAACGCCCGCGACUACGACUCCCGGACGCCGCUUCACGUCGCCGCGCUCCAUGGCUGGAUCGACGUCGCCAAGUGCCUCCUCGACCACGGCGCCGACGUCAAUGCCCAGGACCGCUGGAAGAACACGCCAUUGGCCGACGCAGAAGGAGCGAAGCAGCCUAGCAUGAUUGAGUUGCUGAAGUCAUACGGUGGUUCUUCCUAUGGUCAAAAUGGAAGCCAUUUUGAACCAAAACCAGUUCCACCCCCUCUUCCUAGCAAGUGUGACUGGGAAAUUGACCCAUCCGAAUUGGAUUUUUCCACAGCAGCAAUAAUUGGAAAGGGUUCUUUUGGUGAAAUUAUAAAAGCUUAUUGGCGUGGAACACCUGUGGCCGUGAAACGUAUUCUUCCAUCUUUAUCUGAUGACAGAUUGGUGAUCCAGGAUUUCCGGCAUGAGGUAAAUUUGCUAGUAAAGCUGCGGCAUCCCAACAUCGUUCAAUUUCUUGGAGCUGUAACAGAAAGGAAACCAUUGAUGCUUGUCACAGAGUAUUUGAGAGGGGGUGAUCUUCAUCAGCAUCUGAAGGAAAAGGGCCCACUCAGUACAGUAACAGCUAUCAACUUUGCCUUGGAUAUUGCCAGGGGCAUGGCAUAUCUCCAUAACGAGCCAAAUGUGAUCAUACACCGAGAUCUAAAACCAAGAAAUGUCCUUUUGGUGAACUCAAAUGCGGAUCAUUUGAAGGUUGGAGACUUUGGACUAAGCAAACUCAUCAGAGCCCAAAAUGCACAUGAUGUGUACAAAAUGACGGGAGAAACUGGAAGCUAUCGAUAUAUGGCUCCUGAAGUAUUCAAACAUAGGAAAUAUGAUAAGAAAGUUGAUGUGUUCUCGUUUGCUAUGAUAUUGUAUGAGAUGCUCGAAGGUGAGCCCCCAUUUUCAAAUCAUGAACCAUACGAAGCUGCCAAGCUUGUUGCAGGAGGAAACCGUCCAUCGUUCCGUGCGAAAGGAUACGUUCAGGAACUUAGGGACUUGACAGAUGAAUGUUGGGCCGCCGAUAUGAACAGGAGACCCUCCUUUCUUGUUAUUCUCAAGAGGCUCGAAAAGAUCAAGGAGAACGUAUCACAAGAAAACCAUUGGAGCAUUUUCAACCAGUAGGCGAUCUCUCUCCAGCUAUGCAUCUUUGUGUUCUCAUAUACUAGAUUGUGUUUUGUAUGUUAAAUUAAAGGAAAAGAAAAUUCCUACCUCUGUACCACCACCACUCAUUAUGGAACAAUAAAAAGGCUUCGAUCUUACCUGCUCUCACA